GGAAACCCCAAUUCGCCCUCUUCGUUCGGAAAGGGAUUAUUCAUUACCACGUCUACCUCGACCUCGACCUCUUAGUCUCUGUAGCUCAAUACUCGAAAGUGUUUUUUUGAUUGAAGAAAAUGGGAACCCUUGGAAGAGCGAUUUACAGCGUCGGAUUCUGGAUUCGAGAAACUGGACAAGCCAUUGAUCGCCUUGGUUCCCGCCUUCAGGGUGGUUACUACUUCCAAGAGCAGCUGUCUAGGCAUCGAACUCUGAUGAACAUAUUUGACAAGGCUCCUGUUAUUGAUAAGGAUGUAUUUGUUGCACCAAGUGCUUCCAUCGUUGGUGAUGUGCAAGUUGGAAAGGGGUCAUCAAUUUGGUAUGGAUCCGUCUUGAGAGGUGAUGUUAACAGCAUCAGAGUUGGAAGUGGAACUAACAUUCAGGAUAACUCCCUGGUGCAUGUUGCAAAGUCAAAUUUAAGUGGGAAGGUCUUGCCUACUAUUAUUGGGGAUAAUGUUACUGUAGGUCACAGUGCUGUUUUACAUGGUUGUACUGUUGAGGAUGAGGCUUUUGUUGGUAUGGGUGCAAUUCUACUUGAUGGUGUUGUUGUUGAGAAAAAUGCCAUGGUUGCUGCUGGGGCCCUUGUGAGACAGAAUACAAGGAUUCCAUCUGGCGAGGUUUGGGCAGGCAAUCCAGCGAAGUUUCUGAGAAAGCUCACUGAUGAAGAGAUAGCUUUUAUCUCUCAGUCAGCCACCAAUUAUAAUAACCUUGCACAGGUCCAUGCAGCAGAAAACUCAAAGCCGUUUGAAGAAAUUGAGUUUGAGAAGGUGCUUCGUAAGAAAUAUGCACGUAAAGAUGAGGAGUACGACUCUAUGUUGGGUGUUGUUCGUGAGAUCCCGCCAGAGCUUAUUCUUCCAGACAAUGUCUUACCUGAUAAAGCAAAGAAAGCUCUUAACCAAAGCUCUUAAGAUUUGAUGUCUUUAAAACCAUUGUCUUCAAUUCCAAUCUUGAAAUGACAUCAAGGGGUAUUUUUUUUCAAACUCAUGGAGAGGGACUAUUUUUGUUCCAAAUAACACCAAACAUUUUCUAGGCUUUAGUUAUUGCUCCUUCUAAGUUCCAGGAAGCAAUUGCUCCAUAUUUAAAACUAUGUUCUCUACUUUGGGAAAUGUAAGAGGGUGAUAGGAUUGUGUAUGUUGAUCUUUAGUGUUUGAUGUAUUUUAUGCAAGUGAUUUCACAUUUUUCUUCAAGACAUCCUCUGUCUCAAUUCUGUUCAUAAGCUCUCGAUGAAAUUCUAAAUAAGAGGAGGACAUUGACUCCUGUGUUUUUAUAUUCA